CGUUGGACUCCACAUAGUCCUAAACGAAGGACACGGGAACCUUCAGGAAGCGACGACGACGACGACAAGACGGACGUUCGGUUGCCAUUCGGUUCAACAUGGGCCGUCACUUUGGAGAUUUGGCCAGGAUCAGGCAUGUCAUCACAUACAGCCUGUCCCCCUUUGAGCAGAAGGCAUUCCCAAACUAUUUCUCGAAGGGAAUUCCCAAUGUGUGGAGAAGGUUCACGUCGUCUUUCUUCAAAGUAGCCCCUCCAAUGACCCUCAUGUACCUGACCUACUCGUGGGGCAACAGUGUUCAUGAGCAGAGCAAGAGGAAGAAUCCUGCUGACUACGAGAAUGAUGAAUAAACUAUUGCCAGCUCUAGGCGUCUUGUUGUAAAAUGCUGCUUCUGCUUCCCUAUUAAAGAUGAAAAAAUAUUUGUGAAAUCAA